AAGCGGUAGCGGAAGCUGAGAUUAUUUUACGGAAGGCCGUAAGAUUAUGUUUAAUUUGUGUUUCCAGUGAGGGAGAAUUUGCGAGGUGCAAAGAAAGAAUUUAACAAGACGGAAGAUGACUUGAAGUCUCUGCAAAGCGUUGGGCAGAUUAUUGGAGAAGUUCUCAGGCCACUCGACAAUGAACGCUUGAUUGUCAAAGCAAGCAGUGGACCAAGAUAUGUGGUUGGAUGCCGUAGUAAGGUGGAUAAGGAAAAAUUGACUUCUGGUACUAGAGUGGUACUUGAUAUGACAACACUCACCAUUAUGAGGGCUCUUCCACGAGAAGUAGAUCCAGUUGUGUAUAAUAUGCUGCAUGAAGAUCCGGGUAAUGUUAGCUAUUCUGCUGUGGGCGGUUUGUCCGAUCAGAUUAGAGAAUUGAGGGAGUCUAUUGAGCUACCUCUCAUGAAUCCCGAGCUUUUCCUUAGGGUUGGCAUCAAACCUCCUAAGGGUGUGCUUCUCUAUGGUCCUCCUGGUACUGGCAAGACAUUGUUGGCCAGAGCAAUUGCGAGUAACAUAGAUGCCAACUUCUUAAAGGUUGUAUCAAGUGCCAUAAUUGAUAAGUACAUUGGAGAAAGCGCAAGGUUAAUACGGGAGAUGUUUGGAUAUGCACGUGAUCACCAGCCCUGCAUAAUUUUUAUGGAUGAGAUUGAUGCCAUUGGUGGGCGGAGAUUCAGUGAGGGAACAAGUGCAGAUCGUGAAAUUCAGCGUACAUUGAUGGAAUUACUUAAUCAGCUUGAUGGAUUUGAUCAGCUUGGCAAGGUCAAAAUGAUAAUGGCCACA